UUCUGCUCCUGCUACGGGGCGCGGCCCGCCCGGCCUCUCGCGCCACUGCCAUGCGCCCCGCGGCCUUCCCGCUUCCUGUGGUGGUGGCCGCCGUGCUGUGGGGGGCGGCCCCGGCGCGGGGGCUCAUCCGAGCGACCUCGGACCACAACGCCAGCAUGGACUUCGCGGACCUGCCCGCUCUCUUCGGGGCCAGCCUGAGCCAGGAGGGCCUGCAGGGCUUCCUUGUGGAGGCUCAGCCCGCCAAUGCCUGCAGCCUCAUUGCCCCUCCGCCCCCAGCCCCGGUCAACGGGUCAGUCUUUAUCGCACUGCUUCGAAGAUUCGACUGCAACUUUGACCUCAAGGUCCUGAAUGCUCAGAAGGCGGGGUAUGGUGCAGCGGUGGUGCACAACGUGGGCUCCAACGAGCUUCUGAACAUGGUGUGGAACAGCGAGGAAAUCCAGCAGCAGAUCUGGAUCCCGUCUGUGUUUAUUGGGGAGAGGAGCUCCGAGUACCUGCGUGCCCUCUUUGUCUACGAGAAGGGGGCUCGGGUGCUUCUGGUCCCAGACAACAGCUUCCCUCUGGGCUAUUACCUCAUCCCCUUCACAGGCAUCGUGGGCCUGCUGGUUCUGGCCAUGGGAGCGGUAAUGGUAGUCCGUUGUAUCCAGCACCGGAAGCGGCUCCAGCGGAAUCGACUGACAAAAGAGCAGCUUAGGCAGAUCCCUACCCAUGACUACCGGAAGGGAGACCAGUAUGAUGUGUGUGCCAUCUGCCUGGAUGAGUAUGAGGACGGGGACAAGCUGAGAGUGCUCCCCUGUGCUCAUGCCUACCACAGCCGCUGCGUGGACCCCUGGCUCACCCAGACCCGGAAGACCUGUCCCAUCUGCAAGCAGCCUGUGCACCGUGGUCCGGGGGACGAAGACGAGGACGAGACUCAGGGGCAAGAGGGUGAUGAGGAAGGGGAGCCAAGGGACCACCCUGCCUCAGAGCGGACCCCGCUUCUGGGCCCCAGCCCCACGCCGCCUGCCUCCUUUGGCUCCCUAGCUCCAACUUCUCCUGUUCUGCCGGGAUCUUCGACAGAUCCCCCACCUGCACCCCCUUCCUCUUCAGCUGCCAUCCUGGUCUAACAGUCCCCCGACACCCCCCCCACGCACCCCUCCCAUGACCUAUUUGCACAGCCCCUCAUCCUCGCUCAGUCUUCUGUGUUGAGGGAUGGGGGGCAUUUCCACCCCAGGUUUCUCCCUCCCUCAACCCCAUCCUUUUGAGGGGUUGGGUCUGGAGAGGGACUGGGUCUUCACUUACUGGGUCAAUAAAGUUUUUGUGAACUAA